GAUACCUUGAAUCUGCAUACUGUAGUUGCUCUUGCAUCGAUCCAGUACAAAUCCUCCAGCCACAUCUACGGGGCCUAUAUUGACUAGCACGUCCGCCACAUCCCUUCUGUUGCACGAUGGCAGUUUACAUGUCUUCGUGACCCGCAAAUCCGCGCGGUUGGUUAAGUUAUGGGUGGAAUCAGUCCAGGCGUGGUCGUCAUUCUCGCGGCGUUCGGCCUGAUCUUUGUCAUCUUUGCAAUAUGGGCUGUCUAUACACAAGUGCUCCCGUCCAUGCGACACCUUGAUAGACCUGUCAUCACCGCACCGCAGACCUAUCAAAUCCCCGACCCGAAACACCACCGUAUCGAAUUGAGAAGAUCGCUGUACAGCAACACGACGACCCCGAGUCUGUUCCGCGAACCAAGGAACGACAUCUCGGACUAUGAUCUGAAGAACUCGAGAUACUCGACGAAUGCUCUAGACUUUUCGAGACCACCGUCUCCAGAUUCGCAGCGGCUGAGAAGAGGAUCACAAUCACAAUCUCGACCACAUUCUCAGUCAAGGUCACGUUCCCGAUCCCGUCCUCGAUCACGACACCAGGGCGCCAGUCUCGCGGAACUGCGGACGUCGUUGUACUCCGACCCCAAUGUUCUUCUCUCAGCCGACGCCAGGAGUUCCUACUUCAACCUCGUCAUCGACCAGCCUGAUGCCAUUGCGAGUGCCACAGCCAGACCACGACCAAAGUCUCUCCAUCACGAGAGACCGACGAGUACUCGCAGCCGCAGUCGCAGCCAGAAGCGCAGGUCUGCUCCUGCGGUCGACGAGUCGCAGUACAUGCUCCCCAUCACGCCCUUUGCAGACGCGCAGGGCUCGAACAACGCUUCGUCCGUGGAUCUAGCGACCCUAACAUCAGGACCGUACAAGCACAUCGCCACCAGUCUGUCCGCGACGAAUUUCCUACGCAGUUCGAGACACUCGCUACCAGACCUCGAACGCAAUGCAUCUCCUCACAACACGAAACGCUCGCCGUUUGGAAACACAAGCGGCGCCAACACGCCCGGUGGUUUCAGCCUGACGAGCAGUCGUACGAAUCCGAGCCCGACGACGCCUGCGGGUAGAGAGAUGCCGGAACCAGAGUGGCCGUUGACCACGCCGCCUAAGUUCGACCGGGUCGGGUCUGCGAAUUGUUUACCGACAGUGGCGGCGGUGGAAAAAGUAUAUGAGGGGAGGAUACGCGCUGGACGAAGUCGAACACAGACACCGGUCAAACCGAAUGUCGAACGUCUCCUACCUCGCGAUGUAUCGCCUGGGGUCACGACCACAGCUGAAACGCCUCUUGUGUCGAGCGUGGAAGUGGAAGAGCUUGAUGUCUGAACAGUGACCUGGCGUUGAUUGGGAUCUUGAAAGAAGAUUGACUAUACCAGCAGCAUGGAGUUGAGGCGUAUGUUAUCAUCAAGGAUGUACUAGUUGUACGUGACAAUGCGAGUAUUGGUUGAAGCUAUCAGUCGCUACUGAAAUGCCUCAUGAAUCGUUUGAUAAACUGUUCUCUUCACUGCUCUUCAUGCCCGUGCCAGGCUCACAUGGACGAGCAGGUUCGUUCUCGGCU